AAUACAUGCUUAAAUUGUUUGCGUUUGUAAAUUUUCUAAUCAAUUAUAUGAUGUGUAGUAAUUAUAUGUCAGAGAUUUGUAUAAAUCAUAUAUAAGUUUACGUUGACUACUUUAAUUAUUAAUCACAAAGAAGAGUGCACAAUACGAUUCUGAAAUUGAAAACACAGGUGCAUGGAGUAACACGCUCAUAUGUAAUUCAUACACCAAUUUCGAGUGCAAUUAUGCUCUGUUUUGUGAUCAUUUAUUUAACGAUUCUAUAGACAGCAUUAGGGCAGAGAUUAUCUUCUAGGUAUAUUUGAUACAGUCUCAGAUAAACAUUCAAAGAAAGAACAGUGUAAAGAAUGACACAGAUUACUCAAGAAGACUUGGAUCGCGCAUCUGAGGUGCUGUCUUGGAACAAACAUUUAAUGUCGACGUUGGGUCUUUGGCCUUUUCGGAAUAACAAUUUGUUAUUCUUCAUUACCUUUGGUUACUUCAGUUUUCUCAUGAUGCUAGAGUACCUGGAUUUGUUGCUAUUCAUCAAUGAUCUCGAACAUGUGGUCAUAAACUUGACAGAGAACAUGGCAUUCUCACAGAUACUUGUACGAAUGAUUAUGUUACGAUUAUACAAUUGUCAAGUAGGUGAUGUCAUAGCGGAAGUUAUGAAGGAUUUUGAUAAGAUGUGUUAUAAAACUACCGAAGAGAUGAAGAUAGUUAUCACAUAUAAUGCUAGGUCAAAGAUCUUCGUUAAACUGCUGGUUGUGUCCGUCGCGUUAACAGCUUCGUCGUAUUUUUUAACACCAAUUAUAAUUAUACUCGGAAGUGGUGCGUCAUGCUCAUGCUUUUAUGUAAUUUUAUUCUGUGCUUUGGGACAAACCACAGCUGAUUGCAUUAUGGUCACCCUUGUCUUUCAUAUUUGCGGACAAAUGUCAGUUUUAUCUAUGCGCAUUACUAAUAUAAAUACGGAGCUUUUAAGUUGCAGACGCGAAAUGCGACAUGCAGUGCAAAUGCAUCUACGACUACUCCGGAUGGGAAACACAAUAGAGAAAGCAUUUAACAUAACAUUGUUGGCUCAUCUUUUAGGAACUAUUUCUCUUGUGUGCAUUCUUGGAUAUCAAAUUUUGACGAAUAUUUCUAAGGGUGACAUAGGAGUACUUGUUCCGUUUGUGAUAUUCCAGUUCUUAGUUCUGAUAACACUAUACGCUAAUUGUACUGUCGGUGAAAAUCUUCUAACAGAGAGUGCUAAAAUAUGUGAAGCGUUUUAUAAAUGCCAUUGGUAUGAUAUGCCAAUGGAAAAUGCACGGAUGAUAGUAUUAUGUAUGGUAAGAUCACAAAAACCGCUCUGUUUGACAGCUGGAAAAUUUACUAUAUUUUGUCUCAGCACUUUAACUGACGUAAGACAAAAAGUUCUAAAAUGCUCAAAAUAGUUUUAAUUUUUA